AUGGCCAAAUUCACAGCACUCCAAGCUAUGGAUCAUAUUUUAGCUGAAGGAGAAGUUACAGAGUGGCACAGUGACUCUGAUGAGGUGGAGUCAGAGGAGGAAGACAUUGUGGAGUGUCAGUCAGAAGACACAGACACAGAGUCUGAGGAGGAGAUCACCUCUGAAGCUGUUUCCCCACCAGCUGAAGUACUACAGUCCAAGAAUGGCAGCAUCUCCUGGAGGUUAGUACCACCUGACGAGACUCGCAGGGGUGCUGGUAGGGCAGUUGCUGAAAAUAUCAUCAAAAUGACUCCUGGGGUCACAAGGUUUGCCAUAACAAGGAUAAGUGACAUCAAAACAAGUUUUGAACAGUUCCUGCCAUCAUCGCUGAAAAAAAUAAUACUUGACAUGACAAACCUAGAAGGACAAAAAGUCUACGGAGACACAUGGAUUGACUUUGACGAAGGAUUCCUGGAUGCUUAUAUUGGUAUUCUUCUUCUUGCUGGAGUAUACCGAUCCAGCAAUGAGGCCACAGCCAGUCUCUGGGACACAGCAACAGGUAGAAAUAUUUUUCGGGCCACGAUGUCACUGAAGACCUUCCACAUGAUCUCGAGAGUCCUCAGGUUUGACAACCGAGACAUGAGAGCAGGACGUGACAAGCUUGCUCCCAUAAGGGAUGUCUGGGAGAGAUGGGUGCAGCGCCUGCCUUUGAUGUUCAAUCCAGGGCCAGAGGUUACCAUAGACGAGCGUCUUGUGCCUUUCUGGGGAAGAUGCCCUUUCUGGCAAUACAUGCCCAAUAAGCCAGCCAAAUACGGAAUAAAAAUCUGGGCAGCCUGUGAUGCAAGAACAAGCUAUGCUUGGAACAUGCAAAUUUACACAGGAAAACCUGAAAGUGGCAUCCCUGAGAGGAACCAGGGAAGACGUGUAGUCCUCGACUUGACAACUGGACUGCGCGGACACAAUAUUACAUGUGACAAUUUUUUUACAAGUUUUGAUCUUGGACAGGAACUUAUGAGGCGAAAGCUCACCAUGGUGGGCACUAUCAAAAAAAAUAAACCUGAGCUGCCCGUUGAAAUUGUGAAUUUGAAGAACAGGGCACCACUGUCUUCAAAAUCUGCCUUUACAGACACAACCACUAUUGUGUCAUAUUGUCCAAAAAAAAACCCCAUCAUUAUUUUGGAUUACAAUAAAAACAAAGGAGGGGUGGACAGCCUGGACAAGCUGACUGCCACCUAUACAUGCCAGCACAUGACCAGGAGAUGGCCAGUGGUAUUGUUCUACAAUAUCCUGGAUGUGUCAGCCUACAACGCAUUUGUGUUGUGGACCCAAAUCCACCAUGGGUGGAAUGCAAGCAAGAAUCAAAGGCGAAGAAUGUUUCUCAAAGAACUAGGGGAUUCUCUUAUAAAGGGACACAUUGAAAAAAGGGAACGGGUGCCCCAAGACCCAGCCGCUGCAGCUGUGGUCAGACAGCUGCAGACCUCGGCAAGCACUCCAUCCACGUCAGCAGGAAGACGAAGAGCUUCAACACCAGCAUCCUCCUCAGCCAGCCCUGCCACAGCCAGCCCUGCCGCAGUCACAGACCCAGAGAGGCCUGUGGAUUCCAAAAGAAAGCGAUGUCAGGUCUGCCCAAGCAGCAAGGACAGAAAAACCAAUGCAAUGUGUGUCAAAUGCCAGAAAUAUAUUUGCAAAGAGCACACUAAAAAUGUCACUUACUGUCCUACUUGCACAUAGUGUAAACUACUAAUUCUAUUGGUUUGAUUGUUUGUUUGAUCUGCAUUUUGUAAUUUAUUUUGUAUUUUAUUUUGUCUUACUUGUUUGGCUUUGUCUUUGUGAUUUGAA